GUGAAACACACACACACGUGAGAAAUAGACUUGAUCUGCAUGUGUGUGUGUCUGAAUGAAGAUUAGAGAAAUAAAUGAAUUGUGUUGUGAAUAUUGUGUCAAAUGAGCUGGAGAUGAAGUGAACUGUGCUGCUUUCACAUGUUCUUCAGUGGAUUGAGGGAUUUGGUGUGAAGUCAUAUCCUGAUGGAGAUUCAAACACCUUCAGUGUCUGAGGACGCUGAUCUGGGUCCAGUCAAUGGGAUUUCUGGAGAAUCUGAGAUGCCACAGAGAAGACGGAGUGACGUUAAAGUCUACAAGGAGUUCUGUGACUUCUAUGUGCGCCACAACAUGGCAAACGCAUUGGCCAAUGCCAUCUGUGAGUGCUGCAAGAGCGGCUUCAGUCACACGGAGAAGAUGGUGAACAGUAACGGCGAGCUGUAUCACCAACAGUGCUUCACAUGUGCACAGUGUUUCCAACAGUUUGUGGACGGACUCUUUUAUGAGUUUGAAGGCAGAAAAUACUGUGAACAUGAUUUCCACAUGCUGUUUGCUCCAUGCUGUCAGCAGUGCGGCGAGUUCAUCAUCGGUCGAGUGAUAAAGGCAUUGAACAACAGCUGGCACCCGCAGUGUUUCUGCUGUGAUGUCUGUGGGACGGUCCUCGCUGAUGUGGGCUUUGUGAAGAACGUCAGCAGACAUCUGUGUCGAGCGUGUCAUAAUGGUGAGAAAGGUCAUGGUGUGGGAAAAUACAUGUGUCAGAAGUGUCACGGCCUUAUUGAAGAGCUUCCUCUGAUUUAUAAGAAUGACCCGUAUCAUCCUGACCACUUCAACUGUCACAACUGUGGUAAAGAGCUGAGCGCUGAUGCGAGGGAACUCAAGGGCGAGCUCUAUUGUCUGCCGUGUCAUGAUAAAUUGGGCGUGCCGAUCUGUGGCGCCUGCAGGAGACCCAUCGAGGGUCGGGUGGUGAACGCUAUGGGCAAACAAUGGCAUGUUGAGCAUUUUGUGUGUGUUAAAUGUGAGAAACCAUUUCUCGGUCAUCAACAUUAUGAACGCAGGGGGCUGGCGUACUGUGAGAGUCACUACAACAAGCUCUUUGGAGACGUUUGUUGCCGCUGCAAUCGGGUCAUUGAGGGUCAAGUUGUGUCUGCGUUGAACAAGGCCUGGUGUGUCAACUGCUUCUCAUGUUCCACAUGCAACUCCAAACUGACUCUCAAGGAUAAGUUUGUUGAGAUGGACCUGAAGCCGGUGUGUAAACGCUGUUAUGAGCGAGUGCCCGAGGAGAUGAAGAGACGCUUGGCCAAGCGUGAACGAGACUCAAAGGACAAGAGAAAGAAAAUCCCCAUCUGUUUGUAACACUCGCUCUGUCUCAACACUUUCACUCCUCUGUUAACAGUCCUCUUCACAUUUGUUUCGCUCGUGUGUUCUGUUGUUUUUUAAUAGCAACACUCCAGAUAUUGUUUUCAUGAACAGAGCUUUUGCUCAGUAAAAUGUGCCGUGUUUG